AUGUACGUCCCAUCGAUCUUCCAUGUCCCCUGUCUUCAUCUGCGUGCACUUAGGGCGGGUCCAAAAUUGCACAUCCAUCGUAUCAUCCCCAUGGGAAGCUUCCCUCGAAUCUCCGAUGGUCACAACCAGUUUGAGCUUUUCGGUCCAGUGAAUCUGUUUUGGAGCACGCGCUACGACCGGGCCAUGCUGCUCUUCCUGCAAGCGCUCACAGAGUUCGCUGCCUUUGCCAACGCACACGACCGCGCCAACCACGUCCCGCCUGACAAGUCCUUCCAGCUGCCCUACAAGAUUGAAGGUGACAAGAUCCAAGGGCUGACAGUGAAGCAGAGCUUCAACCGGGAGGAGAGGUGGACCAAGGCGCUCAAGUACCUGCUGUGCGACCUCAAGUGGGCGCUCGUGUGGACCAUGACCAACUUCCACCCGCCGCUGCCCACGCCACCCCCCGCUAUACUGAACCUAGUCUCACACCUUGACCCGAACAACCCAACGUAA